UCACUACCCGGCGUGCCGCGUACCCGCCUCCUCCGCUCGGCCGGCCCAAGAUGGCGGUGCAGGAGUCGGCGGCCCAGCUGUCCAUGACCCUGAAGGUGCAGGAGUACCCGACCCUCAAGAUGUAAGCCCUAGGGAGCGUUUGUUUCCCACUAGGGUGAAGUGAGCGAUCACGUAUUGCACACGGACGUCUUGGCAUUCACUGGAAGUUAUCUGCUGUCAUUGUCCCUGUGACAUCUGACUGCUCUGGUGUAGUUGGUCUUCACAGGAGGGCAGAAGCAAGGCCCUGCUGCUCCUCUUCAGCAGUAGAUACCAGUGAAACCAAUGUGAAGUUGAGUAGUGGAAGGGGACUGGGCUCCUGUGACUGACAGCCUGAGCCAGUGAUCAUGGAAAUAAUAGCUGGUGCUGCGAAGCCUUGUGAACUGUGUAAAGUCUUGGCUGACAUUGCCCCAGAGGCCUGCAGUCCAAGAAGAAAGGAGACUGACUGACCUGUAUAGUCAGUGUGCCCUAUGAGACACUGAAUAAACGCUUCCGAGCUGCCCAGAAAAACAUUGAUCGGGAGACCAGCCACGUCACCAUGGUGGUAGCUGAGCUUGAGAAGACCUUAAGUAGUUGCCCAGCUGUGGACUCUGUGGUCAGCCUACUGGAUGGUGUGGUGGAGAAGCUGAGUGUCCUCAAAAGGAAGGCAGUAGAGUCCAUCCAAGCUGAGGAUGAGAGUGCCAAGCUCUGCAAACGUAGGAUUGAGCACCUCAAGGAGCACAGCAGUGACCAGCCAGCAGCAGCCAGCAUGUGGAAACGGAAGCGCAUGGACCGCAUGAUGGUGGAGCAUCUCUUGCGCUGUGGCUACUACAACACAGCUGUGAAAUUGGCUCGCCAGAGUGGCAUCGAGGACCUUGUGAAUAUCGAGAUGUUCCUGACAGCCAAAGAAGUAGAAGAAUCCUUGGAGAGGCGUGAGACAGCCACCUGCCUUGCUUGGUGCCAUGAUAACAAGUCCCGACUCCGGAAGAUGAAGAGCUGCCUGGAGUUCAGCCUCAGGAUUCAGGAGUUCAUUGAACUUGUUCGGCAGAACAAACGCCUGGAUGCUGUGAGACAUGCAAGAAAGCACUUCAGUCAGGCUGAAGGGAGCCAGCUGGAUGAGGUUCGCCAGGUCAUGGGCAUGUUGGCCUUCCCUCCAGAUACACACAUCUCCCCAUAUAAGGACCUUCUGGACCCAGCCCGGUGGCGGAUGCUGAUCCAGCAGUUUCGAUAUGACAACUACCGACUGCACCAGCUAGGAAACAGCUCCGUCUUCACCCUCACCCUGCAGGCUGGGCUCUCGGCAAUAAAGACACCACAGUGCUACAAGGAGGAUGGCAGCUCCAAGAGCCCCGACUGCCCUGUGUGCAGCCGCUCUCUGAACAAAUUGGCGCAGCCCCUGCCCAUGGCUCACUGUGCCAACUCCCGCCUGGUCUGCAAGAUCUCUGGUGACGUGAUGAAUGAGAACAACCCACCCAUGAUGCUGCCUAAUGGCUAUGUCUAUGGCUACAAUUCUCUGCUUUCUAUCCGUCAAGAUGAUAAAGUUGUUUGCCCAAGAACCAAAGAAGUCUUCCACUUCUCCCAAGCUGAGAAAGUAUACAUCAUGUAGGCCUUGCGUUGCCACGUGCACGCUUUUGGCCAGAGGCUGUGGUGGGUGGGAGCCAUACCCUCCUACCCUGACCCAUAACCCCGACCCCAGCCUGCCUCGGCAUUUGUUUCUUGCGACCAAAGAUCAGUGAGCAACGACAAAUACUCUUAGGAAAAGAGGAAGUGAGAUUUAAUAAGUCUGUGCUUGAGAACAGCGUUUGAUUGGUAGGAUUUUGUAACAUAAGUCGACUGAUGCCUCUGCAAGUUCUUGCACCUCUCAGAGGAAACGUUCUCUACAGUGUGACCUGAACACCAAGGAAGUCCAGAGCAUCUCAGAAGUAGGAAUUGGUUCAUCGGUUAUUUCCCUGUGUUUCUCCAUUUCCUUCCUUCCUUUUGCUAGUGAUGGGACUCAGGGGAGCUUGAGGAACAGGCUGGUCCUUUGCCAACUUUUGUUGGCCACAGCCUGGGCAAGGUGUUGGCCACACCAGGUUGGCUGCAGUGACUUGUGACGUGGUGCCAAGGCCUUUCCUGACUUCACUGUCUAGCUGCUGCCAAAGCACCGUACACACCUGGGCUGCUACUUGAGGAGGCUCCGCCUACAUGGCCAGGGUGUCUGGGGCUGUGUCUGUGUACAGGUUCAGUAUCUCACCUCCAGCACCGCCUUAUCUCCUGCUUUGAGAAUGUAUUCACGGGAAAGCCACUGGACCGAGUUUCUGCAGAGGCCUUGCCAGGUGGUUCCGUAGUCCUAGAGUGUAAAUGCUUUUCAUUACAGAAACUGAUAGUUGAGCUAAAGUAAGUACUGACGGGUUUUCAAAACAGAUGAACCAUUGUAAUUCACACAAAACCAUAUUGUAGAGGUUUGUAUCUAGCGCUUAUUUUUGCAUGUUGAUGUUGAUUAGCUAAUUAACUGUAAAUGUAAAGCGUGUUAAUAAAAUAGCUUUCUAUUUCUCA